AUGAUUAACCGUUUAAGCACAGGCAAGAGCUGGUACAAGUGUUUCCGGUAUGAAGAAGGCAGAGAUAAGCCUGGCGAUGUCCGAAACGUUAUGUUAGUAGUUGCUAGCCUCAUAGCUUCCGUCACCUUCCAAGCUGGUGUCAACCCUCCUGGUGGAGUAUGGCAAGAUAAUAGUAGCGGACAUGUUGCAGGCAGAGCCAUUUAUGCAUACCAAUCCGAGGUCUACUAUGUUUUCUUAAUUGCCAACACCCUAGCUCUCUCCGCUUCCAUUCUUGUCAUCAUCUCACUCACCUACAGGUUCCCUUUCCAUCUCGAAAUUGUUAUUGCUACCAUUUCCAUGAUCGUCACUUACAGUUCCGCAAUUUUCGCCGUUACUCCCGACGAAUCGGUGAGGUUUCGGUACGUCAUAGCCGCCGCUUCCGUGCCUUAUAUAUUGCGGAUUUUCAUUCAGCUCUUCAACAUGGUGUUUAAAAAUAAUGAAAAACCUGAAUCAGAGAAUUCUGAGAAAGUAGUAUUGAACUAUUGA